AGAAGCAAAAGCCUGCUAAACAUCAUUAACACAGACGUAAAUGCUUAACACUAGAAAAGCCAUCUUGCUUUUCUUCUACUCUUGAACACAAUCUCUCUCUCUCUCUCUCUCUCUCUCCUCUCUCUCUCUCUCUCAUAUACAGUAUGUGGGUGGGCCCAUAUAGUAAGUAAUAGGCACCCUUCUCCAACUCCAGUCUUUUUCUCAUAAAUUCCCAACUUCCCACCUCCUUCCCCAUUUCGAUCUCAGCUUUUUUUCACAGUCUAUAGCUUGUUAAAAAGAGAUUCUUUUUCUUUCUUUCUUUCUUUCCUUUUGUUUUUUGGCUGAAAAAUUCGCACUGAGUUAUCACAUUCUUGAACUCGGACAACGAAAGAGAAAAGGGUCCGUCCUCUUUUUCUCAGAAAGCGGCUUCUUCUUCUUCAAGUCUUUUUCUGUUGCUAAUUUUGUGUCAAGAUUUCUUUUUUAAUUUUGUUUUUUUUUAAUGUUUUAGGAAAAGGUGUUUGUUUAGUGUGUGUACAAUGUUGUGCCAAAAGCUGUCUUUUUUGCCCGCCGCUUUUCUUUUGCUGAAUCUUUGCCUCCAAAUAAAUUCUGGGGUUUCGUUAAACCCCGACGGCCUCUCUCUCCUCUCCUUAAAAUCCGCCGUGGACGCCGCCACCUCCGCCGCCCUCUCCGACUGGAACGAGGACGACGCUACGCCGUGCCGCUGGUCCGGAAUUUCGUGUAUGAACAUCUCCGGCUCCGACGAUCCACGCGUCGUCGGUAUAUCCGUCGCCGCCAAAAAUCUCCACGGCUACAUCCCCUCGGAGCUCGGCAACCUGAUUUACCUCCGCCGCCUGAACUUCCACGGCAACAGUUUCUACGGCUCAAUUCCCGAUCAGCUAUUCAACGCUUCCUCAUUACACAGCAUUUUUCUCUACGGUAACAAUCUCUCCGGUUCUCUACCCCCCUCCUUAUGCACCCUCCCCCGCUUACAAAACCUCGAUCUCUCAAGCAAUUCUCUGUCGGGCCCACUCCCCAAAUUCCUCAGUAACUGCAGGCAGUUACAGAGGCUAAUCCUCUCAAGAAACGAUUUUUCCGGCGAAAUUCCAGAUGGGAUUUUCCCUGAGUUAGCUAAUUUAGAGCAGCUCGAUUUAUCCGCAAACAAUUUCAACGGCUCGAUACCAAAUGAUAUGGGGGAAUUGAAGUCAUUAUCAGGAACCCUAAAUUUAUCCUUCAACCAUUUCACCGGAAAAAUACCCAACACAUUAGGCGAAUUGCCGCUCACGGUGAGCUUCGAUCUUCGGAACAACGAUUUAAUCGGGGAGGUUCCUCAAACAGGGUCUUUCUCCAAUCAAGGCCCCACAGCAUUCUUGAAUAACCCUAAUUUAUGCGGGUUUCCAUUGCAAAAGUCUUGUAAGAACAACUCGAACGUGGGUCCGGGUGUUGUUGAGAGUAGUUCGCAGGGUAUUAGCGAGCGGAAGGGAUUAAAGCCGGGGUUAAUUAUACUUAUAUCAGUAGCUGAUGCAGUAGGAGUGGCACUUAUAGGAUUAGUUAUAAUUUAUAUUUAUUGGAAGAGAAAAGAUUCUCAAGGGUGUAGUUGUACCGGAAAAGGCAAGCUUGGAGGUAACGAAAAAACGGGUUUUUGUUCUUUCCCUUGUAUGAGUGGAUUUCCGAGUAAUGACUCGGAAGUUGACUCGGAAAAAGGGGGCGGUGGUGGGGGUGUUGGUGGGGGCGGGAGUGGGGUGAUGAGUGGUGGAGAGGGGGAUUUAGUGGCGAUAGAUAAAGGGUUUAAUUUUGAGUUGGAUGAAUUGUUGAGAGCUUCGGCUUAUGUGUUAGGGAAGAGUGGAUUAGGGAUAGUGUACAAGGUUGUCUUAGGGAAUGGUGUUCCGGUGGCGGUGAGGCGGUUGGGGGAAGGCGGUGAACAAAGGUAUAAGGAGUUUGUGGCGGAAGUUCAGGCGAUUGGGAGGAUAAAGCAUCCGAAUGUUGUGAAGUUGAGGGCUUAUUAUUGGGCGCCCGAUGAGAAGCUUCUUAUUAGUGAUUUCAUUUCCAACGGUAACUUGGCUUCUGCUCUUCGAGGAAAGACAAGUCAACCAUCCACCACCACCACCACCUUGUCAUGGUCAACAAGACUCAAAAUCGCAAAGGGGACCGCCCGCGGCCUAGCCUACCUCCACGAGUGCAGCCCUAGAAAAUUCGUCCACGGCGACUUGAAACCCUCAAAUAUCCUCCUCGACAACGAAUCUCAGCCGUUCAUCUCCGACUUCGGCCUCAACCGUCUGAUCACCAUCACCGGCAACAACCCUUCAUCCUCCUCCGGCGGCGGAGGCUUCAUCGGCGGCGCCCUCCCCUACCUCAACCCGCCGCCACACCAGCCGGAGAAGAAAGUCAAUGGCUAUAGAGCCCCGGAGGCUCGAGCGGCCGGGGCCCGCCCGACGCAGAAAUGGGAUGUGUACUCGUUCGGGGUUGUGUUGCUUGAGAUGCUGACGGGGAAGUCGCCGGAAGGUUCUUCUCCGGCGAGCUCGAGUUUUUCCGGUGAGGUGGUUCAGGAUCUUGUGAGGUGGGUGAGGAAGGGGUUCGAGGAGGAGAGGGCGUUGUCGGAUAUGGUGGACCCCAUUUUACUGCAGGAGGUGCAUGCAAAGAAGGAGGUUCUUGCCGUGUUUCAUGUUGCACUUGCGUGUACUGAGGUUGACCCUGAGAUUCGGCCGAGGAUGAAAACUGUGUCUGAAAAUCUUGACAAGGUGUAGUGCAAUUAAUUAAAGCAAGAAAUUAAGACAUUCUUUGAUUUCAGUUCUUGGGGAACACUAGCUAAUAUGUUAUAUGUGUAAUUUAAUUAUCUUGUUUGUUGUUUUGCAUUUGUAAUGAAAAUAUUAAAUAUACUAGUGUCUGUGUCUUCAGUAUUUUGAUUUUCAAUCAAUAUGUUUUUUGUCACGUGGGCUAAUCCGGCACGAUAAGGCCUAGGCCCAUUAGGAUUUGUUCAUCAAACUGUUGGGCUGAAAUUGACUAAUUGAUGAUGUAUUUGGGCCUUUAUUUAAAUAGUUUUAGUUUUUUGGAGUUUA